UUCCCCGCCGCCUGCGAGAGCCCGCACACCGGCGGCUGCGGAGGUGCCGGCGACCUUCCUUCUUCUCCUGCCGUCACCCCCGCGCCUCGCCCGCCGCGGGUCAGGCCGCCCUGCCCGGCUGAGGGAGCGACUUGGGCGGCGAGCGGCUUCCCCGGGCAGGGCAGCGCGAUCGGCCGCUCCCUCCGGACGAUCUCCCUCAAGAGGCACAGGAACGGCAAGGAAAGCCCAAGUGAAGGGCAGUGCCCUUCAGCCCCCGCUUAGCCAAAAUCCCCAUUACACCAAAGUGUUGCAGAGAGGCUGGGGAGUGCUCUCGCCCGAGUGAAGGCUGCAGGAUCAAACCCAUUUGGAGAUCGUUAUGAUAUUUCCAGAAAGUGCCUCGAGGAAGCUUCCUUAUGUAGAAAAACCCUACAAGAAACACGGUGUGCUUUCUGGCAACUUGUGAAGCUAAGCUGUCAAAAUGGCAGAAAAUAAGGACAGUAAUAUUAAAAACGCAGAUGUGAGACCCAAAAGCAGCCGGAGCAGAAGCGCGGACAGAAAGGAUGGUUACGUCUGGAGUGGAAAGAAGCUCUCCUGGUCAAAAAAGAGUGAGCAUUGUUCUGACGCUGAAACAGCAAGUGCUGCGGGAAGAUCGGGGACUAAUUUAAGGAGCCAAGAGAGGAAGUAUAGCUGCUCGUCUAUCGAGCUGGAUCUAGACCAUUCGUGCGGUCACAGGUUUUUAGGCCGGUCUCUCAAACAGAAGCUGCAAGACGCUGUGGGUCAGUGCUUUCCCAUAAAGAACUGUAGCAGUCGGCAUGCCUCAGGACUGCCAUCAAAAAGAAAAAUUCAUAUCAGCGAGUUAAUGCUAGAUAAGUGUCCUUUCCCUCCGCGCUCGGAGCUAGCUUUUCGGUGGCACUUGAUCAAAAGACAUACAGCCCCUAUAAGUCCCAAAGCGGAAGACUGGAUAAUUGCUGAUUUAUCCCAGCAUGAGGAAAGGGAGGAUCAGGUGCGAGACGAUGAGAUUGCCAACGGGGGAACGGACUCUCCCUGCCAGUCCUGCGACUUUACCGACAGCGGUUCCUCUAGGGGUGAUUCGAGGUCUGAGUUGGUUACAGGUAAGGUGGUAAGGAGCAGUAAAGAUGAGAGCGAUAUGGACUCCGACGACGAAGUUAUAACACUGUGCACAAGUUCUAGAAAAAGAAACAAGCCCAAAUGGGAAACGGAUGAUGAGCUGCUACGGAUGGAAACACCUCCGAAAUACCAUACGCAGAUUGAUUAUGUCCACUGCCUAGUCCCAGACCUCCUCCAGAUCAAUAACAAUCCCUGCUACUGGGGAGUCAUGGAUAAAUAUGCAGCUGAGGCGCUGCUAGAAGGAAAGCCAGAGGGAACAUUUUUGUUACGAGAUUCUGCCCAAGAAGACUAUUUGUUUUCUGUGAGCUUCAGGCGCUACAGUCGUUCCCUCCACGCACGGAUAGAGCAGUGGAAUCACAACUUCAGUUUUGAUGCCCAUGAUCCUUGUGUCUUCCAUUCUCCUGACAUCACGGGACUCCUAGAGCACUACAAAGAUCCAAGUUCCUGUAUGUUCUUUGAACCGCUUUUAUCCACUCCGCUAAACAGGACUUUUCCUUUUUCUCUUCAACAUAUAUGUAGAACGGUUAUUUGCAACUGUACAACUUAUGAUGGUAUUGAUGCACUUCCCAUUCCUCCAUCGGUGAAGCUGUAUCUGAAGGAAUAUCAUUAUAAGUCAAAAGUUAGAGUACUCAGGAUUGAUGUACCAGAGCAGCAAAGCUAGAAAAUAUUUUUAUGAAAGAAUGAAAUUGUCUCUAAACAGACAAAUAGUAUGAUCAGUCUUUCUUCCUUCUAGGUUUUUUUUUUUAAUAGCAACUUGAUUCUUUUUUCUUUUUCUGCAGAUUAUUUACCACCCAAACUGGCCUCUGUCUCGGGCUUUUUUUAUCCAAAUGUACUUUGAGUCUUCCCAGCUCUCUUUUUUAGAAAUUCUAUUCAUUGUGGGCUUUUGGUACUGUUCCCAGCCUAGAGUUUUAUGGAAUUUCAGGUAGGCUUUCUGGUAUUUCUAUAGAUGGAUAGUCUUUAGAUCUAAAAACCCUAAAAAUCAGUUUUGAACUUGAUCUGUCUUUUAUAUUGUAUUUACAUAUGUUGCUGACAUGUUUGAAAUAAUGCACUGUUAACUAAAGAUUGACUCAUCUGUAUUUUCUGCAUUUCUUUUAAAACGAGUGCUCUAGCCUGUGUGCGUGUAUGUAUG